AUGUUAAAUAAACUUCACUCUGUAGAACUUAUUUUGUUCAAGCGAACCUUUAAAGAAUUUCUAUCCCAAUACUUGUAUUCACCUUUAAAUGUAGCAACUGCAGCUCCGAAGCAAAGUACUAUUACACCUUCCAUAGUGGAGUCACGUAAAAAAAGUACAAGAAAGACUGCGGUAAAAUUAAAAGCUUGUUCUGAUACUCCAUAUUAUAAGGCAAAAAAUAAUUUUCGUAUAAAAGAAAUUCAAAGCGGCGAUUCGCAAAGCUCACUAGUUAUUUCAGAUACUGAACAUAAGGUUUUGAGCGUCCCUGAUAUUAUAGAUUUCAAUUUAAAGGUUUUAUUUGUUGGGAUUAAUCCAGGAAAACGUAGCGCAGAAACUGGUCAUCACUUUGCACAUCAUUCUAAUCACUUUUAUCCAUGCCUUGUUGAAAGUGGCGCGACAAACAAUGAGAUAGUUACAUAUAAAGAUGAUAAAACUUUAAUAAAACGAUUUAAAAUUGGAAUUAUUAAUGUUGUAAAUCGAUAUACGCGUUCUUCUGCCGACCUAUCGACAACUGAAUUACGUGACGGUAUUCCAUCAUUACUACAAAAAGUAAAAUUUUAUAAACCAAAAAUUCUUUGUUUCAUAGGAAAAUGUGCAUUCGAUGCAUUUGAAUAUGCUAUUCAAUCUAAUGGUAUAAAAAAGAAAUCUAAGAACUUUGGAUUACAAUCUUAUCAAAUAUUUUGGAAUGAUGAUGAUUAUGAAAGAAAAGAUGAUUAUACCAAAGUUUUUGUAAUCCCUUCAACUAGUGCUAGAGUUAAACAUUAUCAAAAAUCUGAUAAACUAAAAUAUUUUAAAGGAUUAAAAGAAUUGAUGGAUCAAUAA